UGCCUGCACCAUUCAACUACCAAUUAUAGAAAGAAUCUUUUCUAGUGUACAAUAUUAUUAACGACUUUAAAAUUAUCUACGGAACCCAAGAAUUUAAUUGGGGAGGGCGGAGGAUAGAGAUUUUUCCGGCUAGAUUUAAAUGAAAGGAUGGCUGCCUGGUCGCUUAAAUUCGAACUGAUUCAGCGAUGGUCCCGCCUUCAAACCCCUUAAUUUUAGUUAAUUUCCGAAGAAAAAUAGGCUAAACAUUCACGAAAAUUAUUCAUUAUCUUUUUUUCCGGUGUAAUUUUUAUAUGUGCGUAAUACAACAUUGCAUGUCAAAAUUUGAACGUUUAAAAAAUAGACAUAAUCAAUAAAAUGGAUAAAUUUGGUUUAGAUCGUCUAUGAAAUAGAAACUAGUCUUGGGUCAUUGUCUACAAUAGGCCUAUUGUUUAACUGUCAUCAUGGUCGCACAUAUGACUAUUACACAUGUCUUCAAAUAUCCAGUUGAUAAAGUUGCAGACUUGCAUUUGACUAAGUAUCCAACAGAGAAAGAACCAAAUGUAAUUAAAGUUGAGAUCAGAGAGCACAAGAUGGAUCAUGUCAAAGGGACAGACUAUCAAAGACGGUGGGCUUAUUGUCAGAAUAAUGUACCUCAAGUACUGAGAAUAAUAUCUCUGCUAGAUGAAAAGGAAAUCAUAUUUGAAGAGGAAGCAUGGUUGGAUCUACACAACAAAAGCUUGAGGGUAGAGUCAAAGAACAUCUCAUUUUCAGACUAUGCCCAAAUGUGGGAAGAAUCAACAUUUAAGCCAUCUGAUGAAAACCCUAACUGGACCAUAUUUGAGCAGCAUGGCGAGAUAACUGUAUAUCAUUUAGGUUUAUUCAACAGAGUGCUAGAGAUCUUUGCUAAGAAAUUCUUUACGCAGGGAGCAUUAAAGGCUUUACAAAUUAUGGAGGAAAUUCUGUAUGAAAGAUCAUUAUCUCAAAAUAGCUUGAAUAUGUGAGAAAACAUAUUGGAUUAACACAAACUGGAACAGGGCUUUAAUGGAACAAUAAAAGAAUGCAAACUGCAUGCUGCAAUUAUGAUUUGCCUUUCAUCUGCAGUUUGUCUGCAUUUAGCUAAUGUAUUUUUCUUAAUUAGAACUUGAACUCAUGUGUUCAAUGUAAAAUAAAUCAUAUAAGCAAGAUAGUGGAUCAAUAUUAUUUCAAUUGUUUUUACUCUAGAA